UUAUUUAUUUCUCUCUCUCUCUCUCGCUCUUUCUGUGUCUCUUAGGGGCUUCACUUCAAUUCGACGUUGUAUUAUAUUUUCCUGUAAAACUAAAUCCUCUGAUUCAUUCAAUUCUCACACGGAUCUAUUCUCUGUUUUCUUCAAUUCCCGCAGAUUCUAGUAAUUAUAUUUACCAGAUCUGACUCCAUUAGAGCCCCAACAUGUUGAAUUCGACAACGUAGUAGAACCAAGUAGGAGAGUAGUAGGGUUUUAGUUUAAUCCUUUGACUGUGCCUCUGGUUGUGCUUUCUAGCUUCUACUAUGGCGGCUAUGCAGAGAGUAGUGGCUGCGGCUCAGUCCAGCGUCAGCACCAGCGGAGGAGGAGGAGCAACCAGCUACUCCUCAAGCAAAGGCGUCGCCGCUUCUUGUGCUUCCGGUACCGCCGCAACUGAACUAGUCGUAAUUUCCGAUCAAUUUCCGGUUGGACUUAGGGUUUUGGUUGUCGACGACGACAUCACUUGCCUCCGGAUUCUCGAGCAGAUGCUCCGCCGGUGCCGGUAUCAAGUUACUACUUGCUCUCAGGCUACUGUUGCCUUGAAUCUUCUACGAGAGAGGAAAGGGUGUUUUGAUGUGGUGCUUAGUGAUGUUCAUAUGCCUGAUAUGGAUGGUUUUAAACUUCUAGAGCUUGUUGGGCUAGAAAUGGAUCUUCCUGUUAUUAUGAUGUCUGCUGAUGGUAGAACAAGUGCUGUGAUGAGAGGAAUUAGACAUGGGGCUUGUGAUUAUUUGAUUAAGCCUAUACGUGAAGAAGAGCUCAAGAAUAUAUGGCAGCAUGUUGUUAGGAAAAAAUGGAAUGAGAAUAAAGAAGUUGAACAUUCUGGUAGCAUGGAAGAGAAUGACCGGCAUAAACGGGGGAAUGAUGAUUCAGAAUAUACUUCUUCUGCUAAUGAAGGAACAGACGGAAUAUUGAAAGCUCAGAAAAAACGGAGCAACGUUAAAGAUGAAGAUGAUGGCGAACUGGAAAAUGAUGAUCCGUCCACAUCAAAGAAACCACGUGUAGUCUGGUCAGUAGAACUCCAUCAGCAAUUUGUUAGUGCCGUGAACCAACUCGGACUUGAUAAAGCUGUGCCAAAGCGGAUUUUGGAAUUAAUGAAUGUACCUGGUUUAACUAGAGAGAACGUUGCAAGCCAUCUACAGAAAUUUAGGCUAUAUUUGAAAAGAUUAAGUGGGGUAGCUCAACAACAAAGUGGAGUUUCUAAUACCAUGUGUGGACCUGUGGAUCCAAAUGUGAAACUGGGUUCACUUGGGCGAUUUGACAUCCAAGCUUUGGCUGCUUCUGGCCAAAUUCCUCCCCAAACGCUUGCAGCCCUGCAUGCUGAGCUUUUAGGUCGACCAACAGCCAACUUAAUUCCAGGAAUGGACCAGCCUACUCUUCUACAAGCAUCUGUACAAGGACCAAAGCGUAUCCCCAUUGAACAUGGUGUGGCAUUUGGUCAGCCUUUAGUAAAAUGCCCAUCCAAUGUUUCAAAACACUUUACACAAUCAAUGAUUUCUUCUGUUGAGGAUGUUUCCUCUGGAUUUGGAGUGUGGCCAUCUAAUAACCUCAAUACAGUUGUGCCUAGUAGCAAUCUUAGUGGGCUGAGUACUCAGAAUGGCAACAUGUUGAUGGAUAUAUUGCAGCAGCAGCAACGACAACAGCAACAGUCACAGCAGCAGUCCAUGCCCCCUGAACCUAGCCGAACAAUCAAUGUGCAGCCGUCUUGCCUAGUGGUUCCUUCUCAGUCUGCCAGUUUUCAGGCAGGAAAUAGUCCUGCUUCAGUCAGUCAGAAUUGCAGCUUUAACAGGAAUUCUGUUAUUGAUUACAGUCUUCUCUCGUCCCAGUCAAAUAAUUCCUUAGUUAAUAUUGGACACUACUCUAAUGGGGAUCUGAAAACUACAGGCGCUCUUAGUGGCUACUCAGGCCCAGGUUCUAUUUCUCCUUCCGUAUCGUCUUGCUCUGGAAAUGCUGACAGUAGCAUGGGUCGGCAAGUUCAAAGCUCAACCAUUACAUUUGGUAAUGCCAGACAGCCUGGAUUUAUUCAUAAUAUGCAUGAUAUUCAGGGUUCCUAUGGUUCCAAAACAGGUGAAGUGCUUGAUCAAGGACCUCUUCAAAAUCUUGGAUUUGUUGGUAAAGGGACUUGCAUUCCAAGUCGUUUUGCAGUAGAUGAAUUUGAAUCAACAAUGAGCAACAUGAACCAUGGAAAAUUAUUUAUGGAGAACAAUGGUAUCAGAGUGAAGCAGGAGCCAAGUGUUGGUUUUAUGGAUAACACAAAAGUUGGCAUACCAGUAUUACAACAAUAUUCGUCAAAUGAUAUCAUGAGUGUUUUUACAGAAUAGGGUUACGUUGUAUGGGUAGCUAGCAUCUUAACUCCCAAGGAGGUCCAAUUGCUUCUUAUCAUCAAAUGAUCAGAUGGAUUCCUGUUAAAGUCUGUAAUAUGUUAGUAUAGAUCUGAUUGCCACUCCCUGAACCAAACUUGCCUUGCUGUGGAGCCUCUUCAAUGGGAUUCUUUAUUUGGAAGGUUUCUCUGAUGUGCUGGGGGCAGGUUUGCAUGCAUUUAGGAAAGUUUGUUUACCUUUUAAUUAGUCUCUAGGAAUAAUAAGUUGUGUCAGACAACAGCUUGAAUUGGUGUCCAACAUGGUGGCAUCUUGCCAGCAUAAUUGUGUAGUUAUUCGGGUUUAAAAUGUUAAAUUCUCAUUUAUUUAUUACACGUCAAUCUGGUAGUUGUAAAUA